GUUUCCUAAUUGAAUUAUCCUAACCUCACGAAAAACUCACUUCCGGUCGUAGCUGUGUCGAAGUGGCGUGUUUAUAGGGAAUCUCGUAAAAAGAAACCCCCCACUCCCACUGAUUCACAGCUGUCAGUUGGAGGAAAAAACACUGUCAAUCUUUGGGAGGAACCACUGUACAGUAUUUUAACAACCAAGACGAAGAAAGAGCAAAUCCUGGAAACAUCAACGUCGUUUAGAAGCUUCUACGAGCCAGGCGAAUCUCUUUGAAAAGGCGUGACGUGAAGAGCAGUGUCAGUUUGCUCUGUCACACAUUAGAAAUUGGGGUUGGCUAGCUAGUAGCUGGCUAACCAGCUAGCCAGCUAAGUUUAUACUGCUCAAAGGGAUUGGCCUUCUCUUUUGCAUUGGGGUCAUUACACCGGAAAGAACAUCUCAGGAUUCAAUUAAACCUCAUUUUUAUGUUUUGGGUCCCAAGGAAGGAUUUUUCCCCCCCACACUGUGUUGCUCUAAUUUGGCCCUGAACGUGUUGGUGGAGCUGCAGUUGCACAGAAGCCAUGGGGACACCAGGUAGAAAGCGUGCCCCUAUCAAGGACCGGUUUUCAGCUGAGGAUGAAGCCCUUAGUAGCAUUGCCCGGGAGGCGGAGGCCAGGUUGGCUGCAAAGAGAGUGGCCAGGGCGGAAGCGAGGGACAUCCGAAUGAGAGAACUCGAACGGCAACAGAAAGAGCUCUCCUCUCGCCACUCCUCAUCCAGCAGCAGGAAAAGCUGGGGCUCGAUCCACCAAUGGAUGGCCGACACAGAGAAGGCCCGGCACUCUGGAACUAGUACUAGAUCCAGUAGCCAUCAUCGGCGGGAUGAUGAUGUCAUGUCUGUCCGUAGCACUGGAAGCUACAGGUCAACCUCCUCAUUGCGAGACCUGGGCAGCUCAUCUUAUAAAAGCCUGGCCUGCACCUCUCAUCGAAGAGACCUGGUGUCUGACGGCCUGUCCAAUAGCUCGGCCCUGAAGAGUAGCUCCUCUGUGAAGGGUAGCUCCUCUCUGAAGAGCUCCCGCUCCACUAGCUCUGUGUACAACGACCUGCAUAAGAAGGCUCCCGUGUCCAGCAGCUCCAGGAAGGGCCUGCUGACUGGCUUGUACCAUGAUCAGAGGAACUACAGCAGCUUAAAGAACACCUCCAAACUUCCUCCUCCCACUACUUCCACCUAUCAGCCUCGGGCCCCAUCUGUGGCCUCCACCGCUGGCUCUGGUUCGGGGCUGACGCGCAGCUACAGCCUGGCUUCUAUAAAUGACGAUGGUCUGUAUGGCUCGUACACUGGUUCUCAAUUGCAUACUCCCUCUGAGUACAGCUGGUGCUCCACCCGGAGCAGCCCUGUGAACUCCUCUGAUGACGAUACUGCCAGCACCGUGUCCCAGGAGCGCUACAGUCGCGGCAGGAGAGACAGCGUGUCGUCUGAUUUCUCUGACAUCAGUGAGUCGGCCGCUGACUAUUUCAGCCGCUCCAACCGCAGGGGCAGCGUUGUGUCUGACCUGGAUGACCUGUGUAUCCCAGACGACCUGGACGCUCUGGAUGAAAAAUGUGAUAAGACCUUCGUAGACUACAGCCGGCCAUCCUCGCGCUGCACCACUCCCGGCCUCUCCCCGGCCACCCUGGCCUCCCUGGGGGGGACCUCCUCGAGACGGGGCAGUGCAGACACAGGCAGCAUUGUCGAUCCUGACACCAGUCUGAGUGAAUUGAGGGAUAUCUAUGAUCUAAAGGACCAGAUUCAGGAUGUAGAGGGGCGGUACAUGCAGGGGCUUAAAGAGCUGAAGGAGUCGCUCUCGGAGGUGGAGGAGAAGUAUAAAAAAGCCAUGGUAUCGAACGCACAGCUGGACAACGACAAAACCAACCUCGUCUACAACGUGGACACACUCAAGGACGUGAUCGAGGAGAUGGAAGAGCAGAUGGCCGAGAUGCGGAGGGAAACCGAGGACAAGUCUAAGGAACUAGAAAGACAAAAGCACACAUGCACUGUCCUGCAGCACAAACAAGUGGAGUUAAAAGAGGGAAUCCGCCAGAGAGAUGAGCUCAUAGAGAAGAACCAGCGAAUCCAGACUAACUUAGAUACCCUCACCAGAGAGGUGUUUGACCUGCAGGAAACGAUAAACUGGAAGGACAAAAAGAUUGGGGCCUUAGAGAGGCAGAAAGAGUACUUUGAUUGCAUUAGGAAUGAGAGGGAUGAGCUCAGAGAUGAGCUGGCUGACAUCAAGGCGAAGGCCAAAACAGGAGAGAAACACGGCCUGGUCAUAAUCCCUGAGGGCAUGCCUAACGGGGACAUCAGCCACGACGACCCAGCCACAGGGAUCACUGUGGUCACACAGGAGGCUGCCCAGGUGCUAGAGUCAGCAGGAGAAGGGCCUCUGGAUGUUAGGCUACGAAAGCUUGCGGAUGAAAAGGAUGAACUCUUAGCUCAGAUCAGGAAGUUGAAAAUGCAGCUGGAGGAUGAAAGGCAGAAGCACUCGAAGAUGGAGAACGCCUUCACAGAGGGAGAGAGAAUGGAGAAUGGCACUGAUCUGCACGUCAUCGAGAUGCAGAGAGAUGCCAACAGACAGAUAAGUGAAUACAAGUUCAAGCUCUCGAAGGCAGAACAGGAAAUGGGCACAAUGGAACAAAAUAUCAACAGACUUGAAGGACAAGUGUCCAGAUACAAGGCAUCGGCGGAAAACUCAGAGAAAAUAGAAGAUGAACUUAAAAUUGAAAAAAGGAAACUUCAAAGGGAGCUGCGUACAGCUCUGGAUAAGACUGAGGAGAUGGAGAUGACCAACAACCACCUAGUAAAGCGCCUUGAGAAGAUGAAGGCCAAUCGGAACGCCCUUCUGUCUCAGCAGUGAUGUCUGCUGGAUUGCCGCAGAAGCCCUUAAACUCACACCUCAGUGUCUGGAGCACAUUUCCAUUCUUCCUGUAACACUUAAAGUUGUGUAGCAAAACCAAAAACACUUACAGAAAAAAAGCAACACUGGUAGCACCGAGGCGAGAGUUAGUGUUUUUUUUUAAUAAAUGAUUAGCAUUGGUUUGUGCACCAGUGUCGUCGGAGGGAGACUCAACCAUAGUUACUAGGGGGAGGUGGUGAAUCUAAGGAAGAUUUGACUCAUUACUUUAUUUUUCAAAGCUUUGUACUACAUGUUAUUCACAAGGUUUUACUGCUGGGUGCUUGGCUAUUAUAUUUUUUUUUAAAUAAGUUGCAUGAAUGAGUAUAAUGGCGCUUUUUAACUGUUAAACCCUUACGGCUGCUCUCUGGCCGUGCACCUAUCCAUAAUCCCUCACACAGUGAAGUGCCUUCUCACACCUGGAGACUGAGGGUUUUGCAUUAACCAAACAAUUCAAAACAAUAACUGGUACAGAAUUAUGUAUUUAAAGGUGCAGUCAUGAUUUAAUGAAAUAUAUAGAACCAAUUGUCUGCAGAGGUUUCUCAAAUAUUUAAAGAUUUCUUGGCAAUAAGUGUAAAUGUCAGAACUGUAAAUACAAGGUAGAUUUGUUAUUUUUUGCAUGGGUUAUGGCACAUUGAAUUCCAUUUGUAAGAGUGAUGGUUUGAGGUUCUUUAUUUGGGGUACAUCAGAAGACAGCACUACAUACCACUUCUCAAACAGUGUUCGCUGCUUUGAAAGCCAAGCAGUGUCAAGUCUCAGGACCACACAGUGAUUGUGUCUGGGGCAGCUAUCGCAUUGAAUAAACUCUUAACAGAUUUA